AUGCCGCCUUUCAAUCCCACCUCUCGGGAGGUCGUUCUUCUCGGGGUGCUCCUUAUCUCCUUGCUAUUCUUCUCGACGACCUUCACUACAAGGCAAAGUAGUAUUGCUGGGCUCAAGCGACCAUAUAUCUUCAAUGGAGAAGAGGAUAGCGAUGACGCAAAGUUGCCGACGCUUGCAACACAUUAUACACUGCAAUCGCUAAAUCAGCCCCUCAGCUGGGGUCUAGGUCAGGUUCCAGAGACAAAAAUUGUCGCACAUGUCCCUGGCUGGACAAUUUUUGACAAGUUAUACAUGAUGAACGGCACGGUGUACAUUGUCAACGACCAACCGGAAAGUAUCCCCGACCGGUCGCGCAUGAUCUCCACCGCGAUCAACAUCGCGAAUGGUGCACAGGCACAGGCACAACGCGUGCCUACUGACAAGGAGAUGCAAAUCAUUAGCACGAAUGAGGCAGCCCAAUUAUUUGGGCCAGAUGCUGAGCGUAUUGAUGGAGUCACAUGGUACGCCAAUGACCCAUUACAAUUUGUCACCCAUUAUUACCACUGGUCAGCCGAACUUUUCUUCGGUUUCUGGCGCACGUAUUCCUCGCUUGACCCGACCAUCGCCCCGAAUGGAGAAACGGCUCUGCCCACUCCUCGGCGGAUGUUCUUCUCACACGUCGAUGCGGCGCACUGGCGGGACUAUGCGGCCAUGAACCAAUGGGUCCUACGAAGCGCAUUUCCCUCCAUCUCGAUGGAGUUUAUGAACGACUUCAAGGAGCGUGCGGAGAUGGGCCGCGCGUUCGUGUUCGACCGCGCAGUGCUUGCGGAUCGUGCAGCUGCAAUGUACGGCGAGUUCUUUCUGCGCACGCAGCGCACGGCGGCGAAUGCGUUCGCGCUUCCGGGCAGCGUCAACUGGUGGAGCACGAUAAGAAAUAACGUCGUUCGCUUUGCCGGUCUUGAAGGCUACGAUGGGGCUGCUGUGCAGGGCGUGACGAGCACCCCCGUCAUCACCUAUAUCUCCCGACAGGGAUGGGGCAGACGUAUGCUUAUACAGGAGCACCACGAGCGCCUUGUGCAAGAGCUAUACAAUCUGCGCGACACGUACGGGUACGAGGUGAAUGUCGUGAGCAUGGACAAGCUGUCGCGUAUCGAGCAAUUUCAGCUUGCGGGGCGUACCACUAUCAUGAUGGGUGUGCACGGCAACGGCCUGACGGCCCUUGUGUGGAUGCGGCCGACCCCGCGGUCUACCGUCAUAGAGUUCUUCUUCCCACAGGGAUUCGCCCACGACUAUGAGUACACAACCCGCGCAUUGGGCAUGGUGCAUUACGGGUUCUGGAACGACCAGUCGUUCACCAGCCCCGACGUCCCGCCGGUGAACUAUCCGCCGGGCUUCCAAAGCAACGCGAUCCCAAUUGACGGUGCGGCGGUGGCGCGGCUCUGCCAGCAGCGCCUGACAUUGUCGGAGGAGGCUGAUGAUUAG